UUCAUGGCCGAGUUGGUAAACGGGAGGCUCCAGCCCAGCAGAAUGCUGGUCAUCCGUUUCCUGGAGGGGGAUGCCACUGUCCAGGGGAUCGUGGGGAAGGUUCAGGAUGCCCUGGGCGUAUACGACCCCCUUGUCCUCACAGAUGGCCAGGGCAAUGAGUUGCUGGACUCUGAGGGAACCAGAGGCUCAUUUUACUGGAAGCAGAAUGCCCGCAAGAUCCUUGCCGUUCAGGAGGGGCAGUUUUCAGAAAUGAGGUCGGGGAGAAGGAGACGCUCAACUCGAACCGAAGACGCCACAACAAGCCUCCAGGACGCUUAUGAAAAAAUAGAGGAGGUGGUCCUGGCGGCCCAGUCCCUGCCGGAUGUUACGGAGUCGCUGGAGAAGCUUGCCAGGGUGGCCACUGAGGCCAAAAGGAUAAUCACAGACGACCAGGCUCAUUGCAUCCGGGAGGCAUUCUCCUGUUGUGUGUGUAAAGGGCCUGUGGUCGACCCCAUGCUGGGGACCUGCUGUAGGGCAAUUCUUGGUUGCAAGGCAUGUUUGACCCGCUCCCUGCAAACGAGUGCAGACUGUGUGCGGUGCAGAGCAGGCAACCUGGCCGCGAACCUUGUGGAGGUGUCUGGGCUUUCUGAGGCCCUGAAAGCCCUUGAGGGCAUCACAAGGGUGGAUUAG